AUGACGAACCCACAUCCAUCACUACAUAUAACAACUCAAGCUGGACCUUCUACACCUGGUCCACCGCGUAGACCUUUAGGGGCUAGGAAGAGGGGAGGUGUGAUACCUGGUUUAUACGUUGCUAAUCCUGAUAAUUCAGAUGAUGAAGAUUCACCUCCAAGAUCAAGUAAUCAAUCUCAGAAAUCACCCACGGCCAACACUUCAGCGGUGUCCCCAGUUAGUAUAACCUCUAAUUCAAGUAGUAGUAGAAAUGCUAUUCCAAUACAAACUCAACCUAUACCUAACUCACCAACGUUAUCGAUAAAGGGACAUUUACCUUCUAUACCUGCACCUCAGUCAUCACCUUUGCCUACGAUCUCUUCAUUUCCUAGUCCGAACCUUCAACCUUCCAUACCUACUCCGACCGCUAAGCCUCCAACGAAAACUACUCUCAAUGCCAACGUCAGUGGGCAUCGACCAGAGAUAUCGCCUGUACCUCCUCAACCACCCCCACAACCUGAACGACACUUACGCAGAGCAUUCACCACUCCAGUCACCGAUCAGCCCGUCAGACCGUCACAAGAUCCUAGGACAAAUUCUUCUGGAUCCGCAGUACCUCAACAACAUUCACCUUCAAGAGCAUUACCUCCUCUACCUCCCUUGCCUUCUCCUCCUAUCACCUCUCAAUCCCCUCAGAAUCGUUCUCCAUCAGCUGUAGCGUUACAUCAUGCGCUGCCUUCGACUGUACACCAGCACUUCACGCCGAAUCGCGUUUCUAGCCCUGAAGAUGCGCUUAGUCCCACGGCGGGAAGUGAGACUGGAGGAAGUAUGAUGAGUGUAGGAAUGUCGACUAGGGAUAGAUCAGGAUCAACACAUACCCAUCAGGUCAGAUUACAGGUGACAACGGAUAAUGAAGCGUUUCAUUUGGUGGAUAUCACUGGUAUACAUACAGCCGAGGGGAUUAGGGAAAAGGUUUUCUCAAAGCUACGCAUACGUGAUGAAGAACAUCCCACUUUGUCUAUGUACCGCACCGAAAUAGGGGAACCAGCAGAUGACGUUCCCAUCUUACCUGCCGCCCUACUCCAUCUCUGUCAAUCUCAAGGGGAUUCAAGGGCCACUUUGAAAUUCUUGGUCAAGCAAACCAACGUUCCAACAUCGUCCGCAGCAUCUGUCAUCCCACCCGUAGUUGCCCAAGGCGACUAUACACCCUAUCGCUCAGCAGCAGAUAAUCGUCGAGCAGGGAUCUCUCCAAUCACCACUGAUCUCUCCCAUGCUUUGCUCAACCGCCCGUCUUCUCGUCAUUCCAAAGAAGGUAGUCUUAGUAGUGCGAGUGGUGAGAUAGUCGAUAGGAGCAAUCUCAGUGCGAGUGAUUGGAGUGAUCUAGGGCCCGAAGCGGAAGAAUUCAGCGGGAAAAGAAGUCGAAAAGCUGCAGUCAGAUCAAGCGGUAGUUCAAGAUCACCGAUAACAGCUUCCUCACCUGCUCUUCCAACUCCACCUCCUACAUUCGCUGUCCCAUCUCAGCCUCGCGAGGCUUCUUCACUUUCAUCGCCAUCAAGUCGCUAUCAUGAUCUCAAUCAUCCAGCUUCGCCCUCUGUCGCGGAAGCUUUCCCUAAACCUCAGAUACGCCAUCUCACGCCUACUCCCAUAUCCCGCUCGUCAAGUCAACGAAGCCACCAGAACCCCUUUGGAGAUAACAGUGAAGCAGGACCCAGUCGUCCGACCAAUGCAGGACUCGGCUUAAACAUCGAUAGUGAUAUGGAUCCUGAGACAAGAGCACUGAUAAUGCAGUUCCAACAAGAAGAAAUGGAAGCGCAGCGCCGGGAAGAGCAAAGGAGGAAAUAUCAAUUACAGCAGGAUGAGGAAUUAGCCAGGAAGCAACAGCAAGAGGAAAAGGACAUAUGGGAGAUGAUGGUGCGGAUGGAAGAGGAGAACAGGCAGAGGCAGGAAGCUCAGAUAGCAGAGGACGAAGCAAGAGCUCGCGAGGUUGAAGCUGAACAGCGGCGCGAAGAAGAACAACGACAAUCAGUUGAAGCUGCUCGAGCGGCAUGGGAAGCUGAACAUAGGGAAGAGAGGGAAAAUCGGUUUCAUACAUUCAAUGAGGAUCGAAGAGCGAGACAAGAAUAUUUCAGGAGUCGAGCUCAGAUGGGUAGACCCUUGGACGAAUCUGCGACGUUUCAUGUCCCACUGCCGGAUGAACGGCCUGGAUCAAGAAUGUCAGGUCCUCGUCAGACCUCUGGACCUGUUCCGCACCGACAAGGUAGUACGACGAAUCAACCUCUUUACCAAUCUCCUCAGACCCAGUAUUCGCCUGAGAUGUCUUAUCCUUCCAACGCACCUCCUCGACGACCCAGUGGAUUCCCGGUGCCAGGCUUUCAAGAAGCUUCCCAUGCUCAGGAUAGACUGAAUGAUCCGAGAUUGCAACAGGUUACUGGUCGAUCGACCCCCGCUCUUCAGGCCCCUUCGCUACCACCGCGAGGUGAUAAUCGGCAACGACUGCCCCUGCCGUAUGGUAGGGAAACGGGUGGAGAUCACCUUUCAGCACCACCGACAGUUCAAAAUGUCCGAUCGAUGGAUAAUCUACGACCCUUCUCUCAGCAAUCGGGAGCUUUCCGUCCUCCAUACGCAAACCUACCCGCUCGCUCAGCUAUGACUCCUCAACCGGGAGGUUAUGCCGAACGUCGAAACAUUCAACCACCUGGCCAUGCAUACCGAAGCACAUCCACCGAUCGGGUGCACGAUGGAAGAUAUCCGGAUCCCAUACACUCAGGCACAGGGAGGGUACAACCACCAUUACAGAUAUCUGUUGGUGAUACAGGUACUAUCCCCUUCCCAUCUCCUCACCCUAGCAGUGCCACCUCGACCACUUGGCAGAACAGACAAGGGUUCAAUACGAUGCCGAGAGCCGCCCGUGGACCAAGUUGGGAUGAUCAGGAACCUCCUGUCUCUGCAUCUCGACCUAACACCGUACAUUAUGAUAGAUCACCACCACCACCGACUUCCCCUCAGACCGCUAUGGGCCGUCGACCCUCGACAUAUUACGACGACUUUAGUCCGCCGAUCACUGCUCGAAAUGCGGGAACGGGAACUUGUCAUUCCGGAUUUACCGCACCAACUUCACCAAAUAUCUGGGAAAGACCGAGGAGUGGUUCUGCUUCAAUGACUCAUCGACCUACUACACCUAUCAUUGAUACACCUCGUCGAGUCAGCGAGAGUACGGUAUAUAGUGAUGAUAGGGAAUCCCAACUUCCAUAUAAUCAUCCCAGCAAUUCUCCUGAAUCCGCCUGGCUCACGGCGAAUCGGUAUAAACGCAGUGAUACAGAUACUCUUUCUGUUGCCGGUACCGUUAGCUCAGACGCCACUGUUCGACCUAGUAGAAAUGAAGAUACGGAUUCGAACGAUACUGCUCGAGCUGGUGUUUGGGAGGGUCAUAUUAGAGAUAUGAUUCAGGCUGCUUCUCAAUCAGGUGGUGGAGAUGGUACAGCUCGCCCGAUCGCUAAUGAUGAAGAUGAAGCUACCCUGUGGAUCACCGCGCCUAAACCUCAAAGCACUCCUCCUACCCUUAGCCGAUCAGAUGCUGUGAGACCUUCACCAUCUAAACCCAAUCUUAUCGUCAACACUGCUGCACUUAGUCUGUCAGAUGAGAUCGUAUCGGCUACCACACCUUCCGAUAGCGCAACGGAAUCGGAAGGUACGGGAGAAGGAUCGAUAUCCGGAUCGGGAGUUAGGAGGGGUAAAUCAUUUGCUAGACCUAAAGAUCCGAAUCAAUGGAACUUCCGACCUGAACCUGAGCAAUUGUACGAGAAUCUCGAUAGGGUCUUCCCCAAGAUCGACUUGGACCAACCUAUCGUACAGGGUCCUGGAUCUACGCCUACCACUCCUGCAGGAGACUCGCCCUCGAUAUUAGAGAAUCUACAAUCACAAGCACCUUCCAAAGUGACUCCUGUUCCCGAGCCUGCUCGGCCUCCUUCGGGAUCAGGUGGGUUCAGCGGGAUGGUGAGGAGUAAAUUCAACAAGCUAGAGAAUAGAAGAUCCAUCAGGGUCGUGGCGGAUCAUAAGAGACGGACAUUGCAGAGACAAUCUCGUGAUUUAUCUAGUAUCUUUGGAGGCGGUAGUAAGAAAUCAAUUCAGGAUGAUCCCAACAGUAUCAACAAUAACAGCAAUAACAAUGUCAUCAAUAACAAUGAUAAAGAUGAAGAUGAUCAAGUGCAAAAACAAAAUGUCAAAGUUGAAAGGAGAUCUUCUAAAAUGUGGGAUCACAAAUUAGUUGAAGUUACGCCAUCCAAGAUUGCUCUCGGUCAAAUAAACACCCCUAUACCUGAAUCACCAGCUGGCACCGGAGCUAACACGGUGAAUUGGGUCAAAGGUGAAUUAAUAGGUAAAGGAUCUUACGGACGGGUUUAUAUCGCGUUGAAUGUCACGACGGGUGAUAUGAUGGCUGUGAAGCAGGUUGAAUUGCCUGUUUCGGAGACUGAUAGGAACGAUAAGAGACAAAUGGGAAUGGUCAAGGCGUUAAGGGAUGAAAUUGAGUUGCUGAAGGAUCUGGAACAUAAGAAUAUAGUGGCUUAUCUUGGAUACGAAACGAGUGAAGAAUACCUAUCGAUCUUCCUCGAAUACGUUCCUGGAGGCACUAUCGCCUCGAUCUACCGUACACCCAACCAAGCUAGGUUCGAACCUCAAUUGGUCAGAUUUUUCACUGAGCAGAUACUAGAGGGUCUCGCUUAUCUCCAUUCUAAGAAUAUCUGGCAUCGGGAUUUGAAAGGAGAUAACAUCCUGGUAGACGCUCAGGGUAUUUGUAAAAUAUCAGAUUUCGGUAUUUCCAAGCAGACCUCCGACGCCUACGACUCUUUCGGUCAAGCUACGAAUAUGAAAGGAUCGGUAUUUUGGAUGGCACCCGAAGUGAUCCAUUCAUUCUCUGAACGAACAUACUCUGGUAAAGUUGAUAUAUGGAGUUUGGGAUGUGUCGUAUUGGAAAUGUGGUCUGGCAAGAGACCAUGGGGUGAUAUGGAGCAGGUCGCGGCGAUGUUCGAACUAUUUAAUAAACGGGCUCGACCACCUUUACCGUCUGACAUCCACUUGUCGGAUAUCGCUUUGGAUUUCAUGAACAUUCAAUGUCUUGCGACUGAUCCUCGAGAUAGGCCCAUGGCAAAAGAUUUACUUCAACAUCCGUUCAUAUUGGAUAAAGAUCCUAAUUGGACUUUCAAAGAUAGUAAGAUUGGCAAAGCGGUUGCUAAAAGAGGCGCUAAGAGGGUACAAGCUUGA